AUGAUAGUUGAAGAUGGAGGAGGUUCAGACGUGAUAGUUGAAGAUGGAGGAGGUUCAGAGGUGAUAGUUAAAGAUGGAGUAGGUUCAGAGGUGAUAGUUAAAGAUGGAGUAGGUUCAGAGGUGAUAGUUGAAGAUGGUGACCGAAUAUCACCUCUUCACGACUUUUUCUCCUUUUCAAUGAAUUCUUCUUUUAUUCCCUGUAUUUUAUGUAAUUAUAUUCACCAACGCCGACGCCGCCCACAACAAUGCCGAUUUGAAUCACCCGCCAAUUCGAGGAUUACUGUACCCUGCAUAUCCGGCCACGGAUUUUUUCAGGUGUAUCGUUGUUAUCGUGUCUCAAGGGGCCGUACUAAGGCUAUAUGCCUGCAAAAUAAAGAUGGAGGAGGUUCAGAGGUGAUAGUUAAAGAUGGAGAAGGUUCAGACGUGAUAGGUAGAGAUGGAGUAGGUUCAGAGGUGAUAGUUAAAGAUGGAGUUGGUUCAGGGGUGAUAGUUGAAGAUGGUGGAAGUUCAGAGGUGAUAGUUGAAGAUGGUGAAGGUUCAGAGAUGAUAGUUGAAGAUGGAGGAGGUUCAGACGUGAUAGUUGAAGAUGGAGGAGUUUCAGAGGUGAUAGUUGAAGCUGGAGAAUGUUCAGAGGUGAUAGUUGAAGGUGGUGGAGGUUCCGAGGUGAUAGUUAAAGAUGGAGGAGAGGUGAAAGUUGAAACUGUGGUAGGUACAGAAGUGAUAGUUGAAGAUGGAGGUGGUUCAGAGGUGAUAGUUGAAGCUGGAGGAGGUUCAAACGUGAUAGUUGAUGAUGGAGGAGAGGUGAUAGUUGAAGAUGGUGGAGGUUCAGAGAUGAUAGUUGAAGAUGGAGGAGGUUCAGACGUAAUAGUUGAAGAUGGAGGAGGUUCAGAGGUGAUAGUUGAAACUGGAGAAGCAUCAGAG